GGGCUCGGCCUUCCGAGGGUGUGGAGCGCCCGGGACACGGGGACCCCGAGAAUCCAACUGCUCCCACCCUGCGGGACCAGGAGCGGGGCUGGCGGUACUGGCGGCACUAUUUCAAUCCGGGCAGAGGGCGAGGCCGGGGGACCCGGCCGGCCUGGGGCGCGGGCACGUGUGGAGGGCGCACCCGCCGAGGGUCGAGGCCCGCCCCUCAGAGAGCUCCUGGCGCUGCAGUCCCGGCCUGGGGCCCCAGGUGCGCUUCGCCUAAAGAGGGAUUUUCCGGUCUCGUGGGCAGAGGAAAAACCAGGAACUUGGGCUCAGUCUCCACCCCAAAGCGGGGCGGAUCCGUCCCGGAUAAGACCCGCCGUCUGGCCCUGAGCAGGGUGUGACCUCCGCAGCCGCAGAGGAGGAGCGCAGCCCGGCCUCGGGGGAACCUCUUCUGGUCUGCUAUAACAUUCAGUUCAGAAUCUGUGUCCAGCUUGAGUACAAGUAAUGGUACCUUACCCUAACAAAACAAUAGGAAUCCUUUCUGUCGUGUGUAUCUCCAAACAGAAGAACAGAAGAACUUCUGCUUGGGUGGCUGAACUUUGAUCUUGACCUAGAGUCAUGGCCGUGGCAACCAAAGGAGGUACUGUCAAAGCUGCUUCAGGAUUCAACGCCGUGGAAGAUGCCCAGACCCUGAGGAAGGCCAUGAAAGGGCUCGGCACCGAUGAAGACGCCAUUAUUAGCGUCCUUGCCUACCGCAACACCGCCCAGCGCCAGGAGAUCAGGACGGCCUACAAGAGCACCAUUGGCAGGGACUUGAUAGACGACCUGAAGUCAGAACUGAGUGGCAAUUUCGAGCAGGUGAUUGUGGGGAUGAUGACGCCCACGGUGCUGUAUGACGUGCAAGAGCUGCGAAGGGCCAUGAAGGGAGCUGGCACUGAUGAGGGCUGCCUAAUUGAGAUCCUGGCCUCCCGGACCCCUGAGGAGAUCCAGCGCAUAAGCCAAACCUACCAGCAGCAAUAUGGACGGAGCCUUGAAGAUGACAUUCGCUCUGACACAUCGUUCAUGUUCCAGCGAGUGCUGGUGUCUCUGUCAGCUGGUGGGAGGGAUGAAGGAAAUUAUCUGGACGAUGCUCUCGUGAGACAGGAUGCCCAGGACCUGUAUGAGGCUGGAGAGAAGAAAUGGGGGACAGACGAGGUAAAAUUUCUAACUGUUCUCUGUUCCCGGAACCGAAAUCACCUGUUGCAUGUGUUUGAUGAAUACAAAAGGAUAUCACAGAAGGAUAUUGAACAGAGUAUUAAAUCUGAAACAUCUGGUAGCUUUGAAGAUGCUCUGCUGGCUAUAGUAAAGUGCAUGAGGAACAAAUCUGCGUAUUUUGCUGAAAAGCUCUAUAAAUCAAUGAAGGGCUUGGGCACCGAUGAUAACACCCUCAUCAGAGUGAUGGUUUCUCGAGCAGAAAUUGACAUGUUGGAUAUCCGGGCACACUUCAAGAGACUCUAUGGAAAGUCUCUGUACUCGUUCAUCAAGGGUGACACAUCCGGAGACUACAGGAAAGUACUGCUUGUUCUCUGUGGAGGAGAUGAUUAAAAUAAAAAUCCCAGAAGGACAGGAGGAUCCUCAACACUUUGAAUUUUUUUAACUUCAUUUUUCUACACUGCUAUUAUCAUAAUCUCAGAAUGCUUAUUUCCAAUUAAAACGCCUACAGCUGCCUCCUAGGAUAUAGACUGUCUGUAUUAUUAUUUGCCUAUAAUUAGUCAUUAUGGUGCUUUAAAGCUGUACUUGCAUUUCAAAGCUUAUAAGACAUAAAUGGAGAUUUAAAAAUAGAAAUAAAAAUGUAUUCCAUGUUUUUAAAAGAUUACUUUAUACUUUGUGUUUCACAGACAUUGAAUAUAUUAAAUUAUUCCAUAUUUUCUUUUCAGUGAAAAAUUUUUUAAAUGGAAAACUGUUCUAAAAUCACUUUUUCCCCUAAUCUAAUUUUUAGAGUAGCUAGUAUUUUCUUCAUUUGAAAUUGUAAGCAUCUGGUUAGUAAGAACGCACAUCCAGUUUUCUACAUUUCAUAGUCAAAGCCUUGAAAGCAUCUACAAAUCUCUUUUUUUAGGUUUUGUCCAUAGCAUUAGUUGAUCCUUACUAAGUUUUUCAUGGGAGACUUCCUUCAUCACAUCUUAUGUUGAAACCACUUUCUGUAGUCAAAGUAUACCAAAACCAAUUUAUCUGAACAAACUAAAUUCUAAAGUAUGGUUAUACAAACCAUAUACAUCUGGUUACCAAACAUAAAUGCCGAACAUUCCAUAUUAUUAUAGUUAAUGUCUUAAUCCAGCUUGCAAGUGAAUGGAGAAAACAAAUAAGCUUCAAACUAGGUAUUCUGGGAAUUAUGUAGUGUUCUGAAUUUAGUUUGAUAUAAAGAAAACUUUUUUGUGCUAAAAAUACUUUUUAAAAUCUUUUUCAAUUUUGUUGAUUGUAGUAAUUUCUGUUUGCACUGUGCCUUUCAACUCUAGAAACAUUCUGAAGAUGUACUUUGAUUUAAUUAAAAAGUUCACUUUGUA